ACCAAUGAAGCUCCAAAGGCUAACACUCAUCAUCUUUCUCUGCUUCUCAUGUUUCCAAAUGACAAUGUCCAAAAGUCAAUACUACUAUACAUCCAUUUUUAGCUUUGGUGACUCAUUAGCCGAUACCGGUAACAUGCUCCUCUCCGGCGCUCUCCCUUUUCCAUCUAUAAGUAAUCUUCCUUAUGGCAUGACAUACUUUCAUCAUCCUACUGGCCGAUGUUCAGAUGGUCGUUUGAUCGCAGAUUUCAUAGCUGCGACAAUGGGCCUGCCAUUUCUUCCACCAUAUCUAGAAAAUGGCAGGAGUUUCAAGCAAGGUGCCAAUUUUGCAUUCUCUGGAGCCACAGCACUGGAACCAGAGUUCUUUCGAAAUAAAGGUCUUGGCCCUAUAUUAUGGACAAAUAUUUCAUUGAGUGCACAACUUAAAUGGUUUGAAGAAUUGAAGCCUUCUCUUUGUGGCUCCAUAAAAGAAUGCAGUGAGUAUUUCAGUAAAUCUCUAUUUCUUGUUGGAGAGAUUGGAGGCAAUGACUACAAUUAUGCUUUCUUUCUUGGCAAGAGCAUGACUGAAGUGAAAUCUUACGUACCUAAAGUCAUCAAAGCUAUAAUUGCAUCAGCCGAAACACCGAUUAACCAAGGUGCGGUUCACUUGGUGGUUCCAGGGAACCUCCCGAUUGGAUGCUCUGCCGCGUACCUAACAUUGUAUUACACCCCGAAUAAAGCUGCCUACAACAACAGAAAUGGAUGCCUCAAAUCAUUCAACAGCUUCGCAAAGUAUCAUAACUCAAUGCUCCAACAAUCGUUAGAGACACUUAGGCACAAGUACCCUCAAGCAAGAAUCAUGUAUGCUGAUUCCUAUGGUGCUGCAAUCCCAUUUGCACAUUCUCCUCAGCACUAUGGAUUCAGUAAAGGGGCAUUAUUGACAUGUUGUGGCGGUGGUGGGCUGUACAACUUCAAUAUAUCAGCAAGGUGUGGACAUCCAGGAUCAAGUGCUUGUGAUGAUCCAUCUUCAUAUGUGAACUGGGAUGGUAUACACUUGACUGAAGCUGUAUAUGGCCACAUUUCUGCUGCUUUGCUGAAUGGUACUCACAGUGAGCCAUCAAUAUUGGGUUUUAAUUUUAAUUAGUUUGGAUAGGUUUCUUGUUUCUUUUUUGUUUGUUUGUUUGUUUGGUGAUUAAAUAUGAAAGAAUUAAUUAAUGGGCGUUGAUUAUGGAAGAGGGAAAAGCACAGGUUUGCUGUUUAAUAAGUGAUGUUUUGUUGUAACAUGUCACCUGCCGAUAGCCAUAUUGAAUAAGGAGUGUUGCAAAAUUUUCUUUUCCUUUCCUUUUUUUUUUUAUUUGUGUUACUGUUGGUUUUGUCUUUUGGCAAUCAUGAAGAAUGAAACGAAGAGAUAGAGUG